AUGUCUGGUGGUGAAUCCUCUGCUGAACAAGCAUCCCCCAUACCAAGCAAGACUACUUUGAAUUCUGCUACGGAACAAACGCGCCUUUUAGACAGUUCAGGCACAAAUUAUAAUUCUGGAAACAGCCAAACGGUGAUUACGAUGGCAGAACAACCUUAUGAGAACGGGUCAAAUAAUGCAUCACUAUCAUCUGGGCAGCCUACUGUUCCUGUUGGUGAGUUGACAGAAAAGAUUCAAGAUAUUCUUGUUUUCAAUGAAAUCAAGAAACAUCAGUCAAUGAACCGAACUGCAAACAGUAAAAUUAGAAAAGCUGAAAAAGAUAGUGACAGUAGCAGUGACAGUGAUAGCGACAGCGACAGUGAUGAUGAUGCUCAUCACUUGUUAAAGAAGAAGCUUAGCGAAUGGUCCCUUGAUCGAAAACCAGGCACCGGUAAACGUCUUAGAAAAAGAGACAUUGCUUUCGAUACACUAAGGUUCGCAACUGACAAAUGGAAAAUAAUGCAUGGUUGGUCGCCUAGUCAUCAUGAGUCUCCAUCAGAAGCAGAUGGAGUCAAGAUUACAUCGACAAGUGUAAAGCCCGUCGGACAAGGCGCAACCAUUCAACAUGACAGGGUACAAGAGUAUAGCCAACUCCCUUCUUCUGCUGAAAGUAUCUUUAACGUGGCUAAAAAUGCAUCAGUUUGUGCUAUUUUGGCAUUGUUACACGAACGACGUCAAUCCAGUGGUCAUUCUACCGAAACAGACAUCUUUUUCCAGUCCCUGGCCCUCACAACGCUUACUCUGGGAAUCAAGGCUCAAGGUAUCUCAGCUAAACAAGUUGUCUUGCAUGAAAUGCUUACUGUUAAAUGGUUAAACGGAAAGUCAGCUUUGGAGUGGGCAAUUGAGAAUAACUGUCAGUUAAUAUUGAGCGACGAAAGAGUCCAGACUGUCAUUCAGGAACUUUGGGAGUCGGGCCCAGAUUGGCGUCAAAAUCAGAAUCAUCCUAGUCAUAUCUGGGUGAAGCCUGGAUCAGACGGAGCCGUUCGUAAAAGCUUUGCAUGGCUUGUCAUCACACGCACGAUUACGAACUUCUUGGCUCGCUGGCCUAGUCCACGAUAUCAAGCUCUCGUCGCAUUGUUCUCUGCCUUUGUUUAUGUCGGUUUACAUCUUGCAACUGUGACCAACCUUGAUUAUACCUCUGACACGCCCUUUGCAUUUGAGUAUGCGUACUAUGUCUUUGUAGCAUCCGAUCUACUUCUGGAGCUGUUCGCUUUGCUAUCUCAUCCCAUCCUAUAUCUCAAAAAGCCAUCAUCUUAUCUUUCACUUACAGCAGUCGGCCUCUUGACAGCUUCUGCCGUCACUCGUUUUGUUGCGCUUGUUAUAUUUGACUAUUUCCUUGAUCAGCAUGCUUUAUUAACAACAUCCUUCUUCUUAUUGAUCUUUGCUACACCGUUGAUGUUCUUCCGACUUCUUAGCUCUUGGUCUGCGGAUAGAUUAUCUUGGAACGUUGCAAAAACAAACCAUAUUGUCACUCAAUGCAUCGUCAACAGCCUAUGGGUCUUUGCUCUCUCUUUGUUGGUGAUCUUUAGUUUCUGGGUUACUCUUGGAGCCUUACAAUACGAUGAUAUUAAGCCAUUGAACAUGUUGGGUCUCUUAACCUUGGGUGCUCUUCAUGCUCCCAGGAUAGCUGAUACCCUUUAUUAUCAGCCAGCAACAACGGGUACUCUGUUCGUUGCUUACUUGUUUAUCACGGUUAUCUUUUUAGGUUCACUUUUAACUGCAUCCUUUUUGAGCACUUUAUUGAAUGUAAACAAGCAAAUGGACAGUUUAAAGCGUGAAUGGAAUAUAAAGCGAUGCUUAGGUAUCGAUCCUACAUUGAGUAUGCUUAUUCCAAGUGCUAUUGUGGAUCUAUUCUUUGGUUUCUUUCUAUUCAUUGCUCGUCGUGUAUUCAAGUGUCAGCGAGUAACAUGGAUUGAAAAGGCUCAUCAAGUCAUUUGGUACAUCAUUUACUCACCAAUUAUUCUACUGGUUGGGUUGUAUGAACUCGUCGUAGUCCUCUUUAAAUGGAAAUCUGUAAAGACAUUUACAAACAGAGCGGUUUAA